AUGGGGCAAUAGUGUUGUAAUCUCAAAAGUGGCUAUAUUCCUGAUUAGAUACCAAUAAACAUUUAUACUCCAGAGCAAGUCGAUUAUCAAGGACUUUAAACCGCGAAAUAUGUGCUCGAAGAAGUCAGUUAGGGUUUCAAUGAUGACUAAAGCAACCGAAAUAUAAUUGAAGAUGAGCAUUUACCAUCGGAUGCAAUGAAACUAAAUGAAAUUCCUAAACAGGAUAACCAAAUUGCAGAAUCAAUUCGACAAUAACUUGGCUCUAUCAAACUAAAUUAUGACUCUGAGUACACAAUUUAUCAGCCCAUAUAAAUUGUAAAUUACAAACCCAAUGGAGAUAUUCAUUCAAUUGUCAUUUAUGAAGGCUAAUGGUAUAAACAAAAAAGAAAUGGAGCAGGGAUCCAAUACUAUCCUGAUGGUUCAAUUUAUGAAGGUCAUUGGUGUCAUAACAAGCACGAUGGAUUUGGCAGAAUCAUAUAUGCAGAUGGUGAAUAUUACAUAGGGGAAUGGAGACUAGGAUAAACUCAUGGUGAAGGAACCUUAGUUACGAAGGAGUUGACCUACAUAGGAAAGUGGGAGGAUGAUUUAUAAAAUGGACAAGGCUAUGAGAAGAAAGCCAAUGGAACUACUUAUGAAGGACAAUUCAAAAAUGGACGGAAACAUGGAUCAGGCUUAGUAAAAUAUUCAGAUAAUUCCUAAUACAAAGGAAACUUUGUGGAAGAUCGUUAUGAGGGUAUUGGAGAAUACAGAUGGAGUGAUGGUAGAACCUAUGGGGGAGAAUGGAUAAACAACUACAUGAAUGGUAAAGGAGAGAUGAGAUACCCAAAUGGAGAUAAAUAUAUAGGUCAUUUUAAGAAUGAUAAAAAACACGGAUUAGGAAAAUUCAUUCAAGCAAAUGGUAGAUCUAUUGAAGGAGAAUGGGAGGAAGGUAAAUUAAAUGGAGAAGCGAAGAUAACAGAACCUAAUGGAGAAUCCUUUUUCGCAAAUUUUAAAAACGAUUAAAUUAUUUGA